AGAGUUUUUUUUUUUGAAGGACAGAAUAAAAGCCGAAAUCAAAAGAAGACAGAAUGAGAUUGACCCAAUAGAAGCCCAUCCAGCCUUGAAUCCAGGCCGAACCAAUAGAUUAUAUGGGUUUUAACAGGGCCGACCCACCAAGAAGCCACAGCCCAGUUCCUGCACGCAUCUCGUCUUUAGGGUAGGUGGUUCCUCCUCCAGGAAGCGGAAGCCCAUUCUCGCCACUGAAGGAGAGAGGGAAAGAUUGGGGGGAAGCGCCCGGCGAGCCCGCCGAGGAGCGGCGGUUCUCCGGCGGGACCACACACCAUGCGUCGGCGAUCGCUUCCCGGCGGUUCAGCUAUGGGGAAUCCUGGUAAGCAUGAGAAGGAUGGCAGCAUGAAGGCAAUGGUCAAAUUUGAUGGUGCUGACAUCUCACUCAGAAAGAAGCUCAAGAAUCAGUCCAAGGUGGCGCCGGAGGAGUUGCAGCCGAUCCGGGAGGAGUUGCAGCCGAUUUGGGAGGAGUUCCAGCCGAUCUAUCUGAAUGGGAAGGUUCAGUUUGCAGACUGCCUCCACUGCCACAACCGCCUCGGCUACAAUGGGGAUAGCUUUCUGCGCCGGCAUCUGAAAACCUGCCCAGCCAAACCGGAAUCGACGUCGGCCCAAGUGACGGAGUGGAUGUCGCCACAGGAUUCCUGCCUCCCAAUUGUGACGAUCGACGACAUAGGCUCAGUAAGUCCCCUAAAACUGAGGUCAAAAAUGUGGGAGGGUUUCACACCCAUCUUCGUUGAGGGGAAACUGCAGGGUGCAGAUUGCAUCCAUUGCCACAAGCGCCUCAGCAAACAUGGAGGCCAUCUGAAUCGACAUGCUCUAGCCUGUUCAAAACGACAUGGGCAUGACCGCAGUCAUCAGAAGGGUAACCGUUCUCUAGUCUACCUAAAUUGAAGUCCAGGGUGCGAGAGGAGUCUUCGCCUGCCAGGAAAGCUCAAAUCACAAAAUGCUCUAGCAAGCUCCGCAGGGCUAGCAGCUCCAGUGGCAUCACCUAUCGGCCCAUUCAAGUGGUGUCAGAUCAUCUAUCCCUACCAGCACCAGAUGGUACAAAAUGCUCUAGCAAGCUACGCAGGGCUAGCAGCUCCAGUGGAAUCACCAAUCGGCCCAUUCAAAUGGUGGCAGAUCAUCUAUCCCUACCAGCACCAGAUGGUUCAAAAUGCUCUAGCAAGCUCCGCAGGGCUAGCAGCUCCAGUGGCAUCACCUAUCGGCCCCUUCAAGUGGUGGCAGAUCAUCUAUCCCUACCAGCACCAGAUGGUACAGGGCUGAAGAAACAGAAGACCUCGUCUAUGACUAAUGCAACUGCCAUAAGCACCAGCAAGUUUGGUCAAGAUUCACCUUAUCAAGAUAUCGCCAGAUUGAUAACUUUGCAUGGUUAUCCUUUGUCAAUUGUGGAGAAUGAAGAUAUGAGAAGAAUUUUAAAGAACAUCAGUCCCAUGACUAACAAAGUCUCUCUCAGUGAUAUGGAAGAACAUUUACUUGCUCUGUUUCAGAAGAAGAAGAUAAACGUCAAGGAUGAAAUUGCACUUACCUCCCAGCGUAUCUCGCUAUCAGCAAGCAUCUGGACUCAUGAUGGACCUGAGCCAGCAGUAAAUUACCUCUGUUUGACAGCACAUUUUAUUACUGAAGACUGGAAAAUUCACAGAUUAGUAAUCAAAUUCGGCAUGUAUUGGUGCUCACCUACUAAUUUGGAAAGGAUAAUACACUGCAAGGAGGCUUGUGUUCCAGAGUCGGAAAGUGGAUCAUACAAUGUCAUAUGGGAUGCAAUCAGAGACUGGAAUCUUGACCAGAAGAUUUUGAGCUUGACUUCAGUUGGUGAAAUUAAGAAUGAUGCAAAUACCUUGAAGCUCAAGGAGAUGCUCAUAAAGAAGAGGUGUCUUCCCAUCAGAGGCAAGCUGUACAACAUUGCUUGUGUGGACGAUAUGCUAAACAGUGUUGUUUCUGAUGGACGAUCAUAUAUGCUUUUCCUUGUUGGUGACAUAGUAAAGGACUUCUUUGGGGCAUGUGCAUCUUCAUCAUCGAUGCAACAGCAGCUUCUGGAAGUUAUUUCACAGAUGAGUUUGAAAUGUCCGCAAGAAGAUGCCAAGUGGUGGCACAAGUUAUAUUUUAGGCUUGAAGUUGUGUUGCAAUUCAACAAGUUGUUUCCUGCUGCAGAAGUGCUGUCUCCAGAAGAUAUGACAGCUACUUGGUCUAUUUGCAAGAUUUUGAGGACAUUUUAUCGUGUCAUCGAAGUAAUUUCUAGCCCUAGCUCUCCGACAGCAAAUGUAUACUUCAGCGAGGUAUGGAAAGUGAGGACAGUUCUGCAAGAAGAAGCAUCAAACGAUCAUGCAGAGAUUGCUAAUCUGGUCAUGGAGAUGCAGGAAGCGUUUGAUGAGUACUGGCAAAACUCAUACGUGUGGCUGUCAAUACCUGUUGUGUUCGAUCCAAGAUUCAAGAUGAGCUUCAUAAAAUUUCGCCUGCAACAGGCUUACAGCACAGACUCGCUUGGCUACUUUUCUGAAAUACAUGAUACUGUCCAGGAACUCUUCGAUGAAUACUACAAUGCCACGGAUCAGCUGAGUGGCGUCCGUCUUUUAGGUAGUGCAGCUCUGGAUGCAGAUGAUGAUGAUGAUCCUUUGGAAGAUUGGGAUGACCAUCUCAAUUGCCGGAUGUCUUCAGAACUUGACGACUACCUUGGGGAGGUUCUAGUCCCAAGAAAAGACGAUUUCGACAUUCUUAAAUGGUGGAUGGAACACACAACAAAGUACCCCACACUUGCUGCUAUUGCCCGGGACGUCUUAGCGAUGCCGGCAUCUGCUGUUCAAUCUGAAGCAGCAUUCAGUAGCAGCGGGCCAGUAAUUCCAAAGCACCAGAGCACACUGAGCAUCGAGACGAUUGAAGCACUUGUGUGUAGUCGAGAUUGGAUGAGAUAAAUUUGCAACGUCCUAUCACUAACACACCUCGCCAUCCUAUGAUCACCAACCCAGUAGCGCGAUGCUGCGGUUGAGUGCAAAAGGGUUUCUGAUUGGCAGAAUUGAUCUUCACUCUGUUUGCUUGUGGGAACAAUGCGAUGGACUUCCUUGGUUUUGGAAACUACAGCGAUACGUAGUGUGCUAUGAUGGUGGUGCUGAAAGAGUAAGCUUCUGUUAGAACUUUGCAUGUUCAUGUUGAUCUGCAGUUAGCUGCUAGUAGCUUCGAUAGUUAUGCUGCUUAAUCUCAUGUUUGCAUUAGAUGUUACGUUCUUUAAUUUAUGAAGUUCCAUGGCAAGACUGAACUUUUCCGGAAAGGAUACCAUGUAACUGUUCUCAUACUCUUUUUUAAAUCCAUUUUACGCUUCA